AUGGCGUCAAAGUCUCCCGAGAAGGUCGACACCAACUCCCGAGCCCAACUAGCAGCAAGAUACACAGAGUAUGAAAAGAGCCUCAGCUUCUUCGAUGCCGUCAAGAUCUAUUGGCGAUCCUCGCUCUACGUACUUUACGGUCUCCUCCUGGCCUUCAACUACGGCAUGGAUGGCGUCAUCGCUGGCUACCAAGUCUCAGUGCCCAAGUUUCGUGAGGAUUACGGCAAGCCCUUGGAUACAGGCAGCGGCUAUGUUGCUUACAUCAUCACCGCCAACUGGCUGGCAAUCUUCAGCGCCGUGGGUCAAGCAUGCGCCGUCGUGGGAGCAGCUACAGCAGGAUAUGUCGCAGACAAGGUCGGACGCCGGAAUGCUGCAGCCAUCUCUUGUGUCAUUUCGAUUGGAGGUGUCGCAGCUCAGUAUUGGUCCAAUGGCUCACUCGGCAUCCUCUGCGCCGGCAAAGCGAUCAACGGCUUCCCGAUCGGCAUGUGGCUGGUCAUUGGCCCCCUCUACGCCAGCGAAGUGGCUGCACUCCGCCUUCGCGGUGUCCUCAGCGCCAUGACAAAUACUACCAUUCUGAGUGGUGUCUUUGUCUUCUCGGGAGUCAUGUAUCACCUUGGAGUCCUCCCUACCAAAUCCUCCUACAUGAUUCCCUUUGCAUGUCAGUGGAUUGUCCCGGGAUUCGUGCUCGUCACCUGCUGGAUGUGGCCAGAAUCGCCCGUUUGGCUAGCUCGGACCGGAAAGCGAGAUGCAGCAAGGCGGUCUCUCGAGCGACUUCAUGGAAAGAACAGCAGUAUUGACAGAGAUGGCAUCCUCGCACAAAUUGAGGAGACCUUGGCCAUGGAGAAAGCCCAAGCCCAUGCGGAAGACCAUGACAGUAACAACUACCUGGAAUGUUUCUCGAAACUGCACCGUCGGCGGACAUUUAUCGUCAUGUUCGUGUAUACUUGCUUCUAUCUUGGAGGGAAUACUUUCGUCCUUGGCUACCAGACUUACUUCUACCAACUCAUCGGGUAUUCUCCACAAAAGUCUCUGCUUCUUGGCUUAGUCAAUACAGCAGUCAUGUGGGUAUUCAACGUUGUCGCUUGGUGUGUCAUUGCCAACGUUCGCCGCCGACCACUACUGGUAUGGGGUCAGUUUGGCGCCGCUGUUUGCCUCUUCCUUAUCGGUGGCUUGUCUGUGGUCGGAUCCGUCAACGCCUACAAAGCCGUCGUUGGGUUCAUUUUCAUCUGGGGUUUCUUCUACGAGAUCUCUGUCGCUACUGUUGGCUGGACUGUUGGCAACGAAAUUCCAGCCCUCCGAAUGCGUGCACGAACAAUAGGCCUCGGCAACAUAGUGGGCUUUGUGUUCGGCGCAACGACCUUCAUCGGAUUCCUUGGAGCAUUUUUCUUCCUCCCCGAGUCCAAAGACAGGACCCCAGCAGAAAUGGACAUUCUGUUCGAACGAAAGAUAUCAGUCAGAGGCUUUCACAAAGUCGACAUCACUGUUACCGAGGACACUUUCCACCGGGCCGAAUGA